AUGGGUGGGGUUACUUCAUCCAUGGCUGCAAAGUUUGCAUUUUUCCCACCCAACCCACCAUCCUACAAGGUAGUUAAAGACGAAGCCACUGGUCUCUUGCUCAUGGACCCUCUUCCUCAUCGUGAAAACGUCGACGUUUUGAAAUUUCCCACUCGCCGCGGCAAUGAGAUCGUGGCCGUUUAUAUACGCCACCCAAUGGCCACCUCUACCCUGCUGUACUCUCAUGGCAACGCCACUGAUAUCGGUCAAAUGUACGAGCUUUUCAUCGAAUUGAGCAUUCACCUCCGCGUCAAUCUCAUGGGGUAUGAUUACUCUGGCUAUGGACAGUCAUCAGGCAAGCCAAGUGAACAUAAUACUUAUGCAGAUAUUGAAGCUGCAUAUAAGUGUCUCGAAGAGAGGUAUGGGGCUAAGCAGGAAGACAUAAUCCUCUAUGGUCAGUCUGUUGGAAGCGGUCCUACUGUUGAUCUUGCUGCCCGUUUGCCUCGACUGAGAGCAAUUGUUUUGCACAGUCCUAUAUUAUCAGGUUUAAGAGUCAUGUAUCCUGUGAAGCGCACGUACUGGUUUGAUAUCUAUAAGAACAUUGAUAAAAUCCCUCUGGUGAAAUGUCCUGUGCUGGUGAUACAUGGAACAGCUGAUGAAGUUGUCGACUGCUCACACGGCAAGCAACUUUGGGUACUAUGUCAAGAGAAAUAUGAACCUCUAUGGCUAAAAGGUGGAAGUCACUGUAAUUUGGAACUGUAUCCAGAAUACCUUAGACAUCUCAAUAAGUUCAUAUCAACUGUUGAAAAAUCACCUUCCCGAAGGAUUAGUUCUAGAAAAAGCACAGACCAUAGGAAAAGCACGGACCGCAUCGAACUUCCUAGGAAGAGUGUUGAUUUUUUUGAGGCUCCAAGGAAGAGUACUGAUCGGAGAGAGAAAUCAAGGAAGAGCACUGAUAGACCUGAAAAGCUGAAAUUUAGUGAAUACAAGUUUAAUAACGUUGACAAGGUAGAUAAGUUUAGAAUCUCUGCUGACCAGAUAGAGAGGUCACGAAGAAGCGUGGAAUACCAUCACGAGAAAUCUAGGAGAAGCAUUGACCAUCAGCUAGAAAAAGCGCGGAAGAGCGUUGACUGGCUGGACAGAAUUCGAGCUGGGUCACAGGAGGAGAUAGCAAGGGAAGCGAUAAAGCACGCACUGAAGGCUCUUCGGAAGCGGCAUUUGCUCGAAGAAGGUGCUCAUGCUCCGGCUUUUAUUGCUCUUGCGAGGCCAAUUGCUCAUCAGGGCUCAGAAUGGAAGGAGAAAGCAGAGAGUUUGGAACUCGAACUUCAGCAAUGUUACAAAGCUCAAUCUCGAUUGUCUGAGCAACUUGUGGUGGAAGUAGCAGAGUCCAGAGCUUCAAAAGCUUCACUUCAAGAGAAAGAAGCAGCAGUGGCUGAUCUCCAAAAGGAGUUAACAGAAAAAAGGGAUGAAUGCUCUCAAUUAACGGCUGACUUAGAAGAGAAGAUUAAAGCCUUAGAAUUGGUUGUGAGUGAGAACAAGGAAAUAAGAGCGCAGCUUGAAGAAAUGUCUAAUAGAGCUAAGAAUGCUGAGGCUGAAAGUAAGGUGUUAAUUGACCGCUGGAUGUUGGAAAAGAUGAAGGAUGCUGAACGCCUUAACGAGGCAAAUGCACUCUAUGAAGAUAUGAUUGAGCGGCUCAGGGCCAGUGGUCUGGAAAAACUUGCUAGGCAGCAAGUAGAUGGUGUGGUCCGCCAAAGUGAAGAAGGUGCUGAGUACUUUGUGGAGUCAACAAUUCCCUCUGCAUGCAAGAGCAGGAUCCAUGCCCAUGAAGGUGGCUGUGCUUCCAUAUUAUUUGAGUACAAUUCUGGCAAAUUGAUUACUGGCGGACAGGACGGGUCCAUCAAAAUGUGGGAUACAAACACUGGGGCACUAAAUCAUACACUUCAUGGUUGCAUUGGUUCUGUUCUUGAUAUUACCAUUACCCAUGAUAAUAGAUCUAUCAUUGCAGCAAGCAGCUCAAACAAAUUGUAUGCCUGGGAUGUUAGCUCGGGGAGGGUUCGCCAUACUCUCACUGGCCACAUGGAUAAAGUAUGUGCUGUAGAUGUUAGCAAUUCAAGUCGUCAUGUUGUGAGUGCAGCCUAUGAUCGUACCAUAAAAGUUUGGGAUUUGCAGAAAGGUUACUGCACCAACACAAUUAUUUUCCCCAAAAACUGCAAUGCUCUUUGCUUCAGCAUGGAUGGACAGACCAUAUGUUCUGGGCACGUUGAUGGAAACCUUCGCUUGUGGGAUAUUGAGAAAGGAAAGCUACUCAGUGAAGUAGCUGCACAUUCAAAUGCUGUUACAUCCAUAUCUUUGUCCCGAAAUGGCAAUGUUGUAUUGACAAGUGGGAGAGACAACGUGCAUAAUUUGUUCGAUAUGCGGUCUCUGGAAGUCUGCGGCACAUUAAGAGCCACCGGAAACAGAGUGGCGUCUAACUGGAGCCGGUCCUGUAUCAGUCCAGAUGACAAUUAUGUUGCUGCUGGAUCUGCUGAUGGUUCUGUGUAUAUUUGGUCAAUCUCUAAGGCCGACAUUGUGAGCACUCUGAAGGAACACACUGCAUCUGUGCUGUGUUGUUCAUGGAGUGGACAUGGAAAACCUCUAGCUUCUGCGGACAAGAACGGCAUCGUUUGCACUUGGGCGUGA